AUGUACGCUGUCUUGCUUUUGGGCCUGAUGGCGACGCUACGUGUGGCGCUCGCAACCACGACGCACACAUUCAACUGGACGACGGGCUGGGGCAUGUACAAUGUUGACGGUGUCAAGGACCGUGAGGUAAUUACGUGUAACGGAGAGUUUCCAUGGCCGGACAUUAAGGUCAACCGUGGUGACCGCAUUGUCGUGUACUUGAACAAUGGGUUUACCAACGCAAACACGUCGCUGCAUUUCCACGGGUUGUUCCAGAACGGAACCAGCCAGAUGGAUGGGCCACCAUUGGUCUCUCAGUGUCCAAUUGCCCCCAACGACACCUUUAUCUACAACUUCACCGUUCCUGACAACGUUGGGUCCUACUGGUACCACUCGCACGUGUCUGGACAGUACCAGGAUGGUAUGAGGGGUACUUUGAUCAUCGAAGAGGAGGGCGCGGUUCCAUACGACUACGACGAAGAGGUCGUUGUUCAGCUCAGUGAAUGGUACCACGACACCACCGAUGUCCUCAUCAACAGUUUCAUGAACCUGUACAAUCCUACCGGUGCUGAGCCCAUCCCUCAAAAUCUAAUCAUCAACAACACGAUGAACCUAACAUGGAACGUCGAACCAGACACCACAUACUUGCUGCGUAUCAUUAACACAGGUGGUUUCGUUUCCCAGUACUUCUGGAUCGAGGACCACGACCUCACAGUUGUCGAAGUAGACGGUGUUUACACCGAGCAAAACACCACCGACAUGCUGUACAUCACUGUGGCCCAAAGAUACUCCGUGCUCAUUCACACCAAAAACGACACUUCUCGUAAUUAUGCAAUCAUGCAAAAAUUCGACGACACAAUGCUUGAUGUUGUCCCAAGCGAUUUGCAGCUAAACGCCACUUCUUACAUGGUUUACAAUUCCACCACUUCAUUGCCUUCUGAAAAUUACGUCGAUGAGCUUGACUUUUUGGAUGAUUUCUAUUUGGUUCCUUACAAUAAGACAGAGUUGUUUGACGAACCUGACUACACCAUCACUGUUGACGUUGCAAUGGACAAUUUGAUUAAUGGUGUUAACUACGCAUUUUUCAACAACAUCACCUACACUACUCCAAAGGUCCCAACCUUGCUCACCGCCCUGAGUGCAGGCAAAAACGCAACAGACGCAACCGUUUAUGGUUCCAACAUCAACGCCUUCGUCUUGGAGAAAGAUGAAGUCGUGGAAAUUGUCUUGAACAACUUGGAUAGUGGUACCCAUCCUUUCCAUUUGCACGGUCACAUUUUCCAAGUGUUGGUCAGGGAUGUUGAGUAUGAUGACACAACUCAUGCUUUCAACGCUGAUAACCAUACCGCAUUCCCAGAAUAUCCAAUGAUGAGAGAUACGUUGUAUGUCAGACCUCAAUCUAACUUUGUUAUUCGUUUCAAGGCCGACAAUCCAGGUGUUUGGAUGUUCCACUGUCACAUCGAGUGGCAUUUGAUCCAAGGUUUGGCUCUAAUAUUGAUUGAAGAUCCUGCUUCUAUCCAAAGCACCGCAAGUCAACAAAUCACAGAAAACCACAAAAGCGUUUGUAAGAACGUUGGUGUUCCAUACGAAGGUAACGCUGCUGCCAACGCCACUGACUACCUUGACUUGACUGGUGAAAAUAUUCAACUAAAGACCAUUCCUACUGGCUUCACCAAGAAGGGUAUUAUCGCAAUGGUAUUCUCAUGUCUUGCUGGUGUUCUAGGUCUUAUUAGCAUUGCCUUAUAUGGUUUGAUGGACAUGGAACAUGUCGAAGAAAAGGUGAUAGAAGAGCUUCACCUGGACGUUGAUAAAGUGUUGGCUGCUGAUGACGGUACUGAUGAAGGUGCCAACUCCUCUGCAGCUGAAAAGGUCUCUUCUGAUUAA